AAUGAUCCAAAGGUUAAUGUCUUAUGGAAGAAUGUCUAAUGUAAGUUAAUCAGGUAUUAACAAUGUGAUUGAAUAAUAUUAGUACUCUCAAAAUCACUGAAUAAAACAUCCAGAAGCUAUUUUAGUUAGGCCCCUUAACAAGGUUCUUCAAACACUGAGCUUGCCAAAAUUUUUGCUGCAUUUUUUGGUAUAGUAGGUUUAGGUACUGGUGGAUAUGUUGCCUAUUAAAAUUCCUAAUAAUAAAAAAAGUUAGAGGCAAAAACUAAACAGACUCAUAUAUCAAAUGAAACUAUUGAUAAUUUGAGAUAAAAAUCAAUUGAAAAUGAAGAGCAAAAAAAGGAAGAAAUCAUAACCAUGUUUUCAGAUGUAAAUGAUAGAAUGCUCAGAUAUAGAGGGGAUCCAACUAGUGAGAAAAUGCUUGUAUUUAUAUACAAUUAUCCUAAUUAUAGGCUGAUUAUACAAUAUAUGGAGACUUGAAAUGGUUUGAAGUUGAUCCUGAAGAAUGGGAGAAGCCAGAAGAGGAAAUGAUUAUGAAGGAUGAGAAUGAAAUAAAUAAACAUCCAAUUAAAAGAGCAUUGAUAAAUGAGAGACUCACACAUGCUUUUGAAGCUGAAAAGUACUCCUAUUUAUUAAUAUUCAAAGAAUUUUGCAAAGUAUUUUUGUAAAUGUAAAUGAUGUACUAUCAGAAAUCGAAAAAACUGGAACAUAUACACCACCAGGCAUCUUCUUUAGAUUUUAUGGUUAUGUGUACUUCCAAAUUAGAAGAAAACCUAUUAAUGUAGAAAAUUUGGUCAAAGCCUAAAAAUAUAUUUCUGUAUUUAUUAAUCAUAAUCAUAGCUAUUUGAUUUAUUUUUUUAAUACUAAACACCUGUUUUAUAUUAUCAUAAUUAAUAUCUUGAAAUACCAUUAAAACCUGCUAUAUUUGAUGUAAAUUAUCAUAGUAUUUUAGAAUAUUGACUGGUUACCAAAUGCUUAUAUAAAUUCUAAAUAAUAAGCAAAAAUCUACAUAACUGGCAAACCUAAGCAUGUUUUUUCUAUGAGAAUCAAAUAAGGAACAGUUGAUGAAUCAACUCAAAGAUUUGCAUGGACAAACCAUUACAAAUGAA